GUGGAAUAAGACACUUUAAGUGAGCCGAUGUACUGACGCGUCACUUUGUGUGGACAAUUAUUUAUCAUUUAUCCCCUGUGAAAGCAGUGAUAUUAGCUGCGGACUUUCAGGAGGAAAGCUUAAUUUCUGGCUGUUCGUAUAUUUCGCUGUUUCUGACGCUCCGGUGUAGCAGCUGAGCCGGGUGAAAUUGCACCCUCUGGACUUUUUUUGUUGACCAACUCCAAAGAAAAGUCACCAUGGCAGAGACGUCGGCAGCUCCAGCUAAAGCAAAAAAGGCAGCCAAGCCCAAGAAACCUGCUUCUCAUCCCAAGUACUCGGACAUGAUAACAGCGGCCAUCGCUCACGACGCGAGCCGGAGUGGAGCGUCCCGGCAGUCCAUCCAGAAGUACGUGAAGAAGAACUACAAGGUGGGCGACAACGUUGAUGUGCAGGUUAAAAUGGCCCUGAAGAGGCUGGUGGCAGCCGGGACUCUGCGCCACACCAAAGGCAUCGGCGCGUCUGGAUCCUUCAGGUUGACCAAACCAGAGGACUCCAAAAAGUCAGCCAAGGCAGCUGCACCUGCCAAAGCGAAGAGGGCGGCGAAGCCAUCCAAACCCAAGAAGGCGGCUAAGCCCAAGAAGGUGGCCAAGACGCCGGAAAAACCCAAGAAGGCAGUUGCGAAAAAAGUGAAAAGGGUCACGAAAAAGAUGACACCUGUGAAAACCAAAAAGGCACCAGCUAAGAAAGCCAAGGCAGCACCAAAAGCCAAGGCGAAACCAGCAAAGAGGGCAGCCAAGCCCAAGGCAAAGCCAUCCAAAAAGGCAACCAAAGGAAAGAAGAAGUAAAGACUCAAUUUCAGACAAAGUCACUGUAAAUACUUAAGGAAAUGUUUUCGUAUAUGUAUUAUUUUUGUAAGGUCUCAUGCAAACUUAAACUGUUUUUACCAGUAGUUUUCUCCAUUGCACUAUAGCCUAUAGAUGCUGUAGACAUAAUUGUGAGCAUUUUUAUUUGGCGUUAAUAAUACUGUUAAUUUCUGUUUUGAUCCUUGUAAGACUAGGGUCUUUCUGAAAAGUUAAAAAAAAAAUGUAUAUACAGCUGAACUUAUGACUAGUUAUUGUUAGUGCACGGGUCAUACUGAAAAUACAUGUGACAAUGGUGAGCAUUGUUGAGCCUUUACAAUGUACAGACCAUAGGCAGUGGACGUCAGCAAGAUUUUCCUAAAGGCUCUUUAGUUGUCAUUCAAGCUCCAUUGUGUAUAUUUCCUCAUGUUCAGACGACUCAUGGUAUACAAACAUACGACUGUGUUCAGUUACUUUUAAAGACUGUUUAUACUGGGAUUCAAUAAAUCUUUGUCAUCUUCUA